GGAAGCACGUGUCGGUGACGUCUUCCUUGGAAAACAAAAACAAACCUGUGUGUUGCAAUAUUUCUGUUUUCCGUCGACGUUUGAUCAGCGCCCAAAAUCGUUCGUCUCGUUUUUGGUGUGCGCCUUAUGGUUGCUGCAGUUUACCGGUAAUAGCUUGUUUGAGAGCCAUGGCCCAGCAGAGAGGAGUAAACAGCCUGCAGUUCAAUCAGGACCAAAGCUGUUUCUGCUGCGCUAUGGAGACGGGGGUCAGGAUUUACAACGUGGAGCCGCUGAUGGAGAAGGGCCACCUGGACCAUGAGCAGGUUGGCAGUGUAGCCCUGUGCUCCAUGCUGCAUCGCUCUAACCUGCUGGCCAUAAUUGGAGGUGGAGUCAAUCCUAAAUUCUCAGAAAUAUCUGUGUUGAUCUGGGACGAUGCUCGGGAGUCACGGGAUCCUAAGGACAAACUCGUGCUGGAAUUCACCUUCACCAAGCCUGUUCUGGCUGUCCGCAUGAGACACGACAAGAUCAUCAUUGUGCUGAAGAACAGGAUCUAUGUGUACAGUUUUCCAGACAACCCUGUCAAGCUUUUUGAGUUUGACACCAGAGAUAACCCCAAAGGUCUUUGUGAUUUGUGUCCCAGUUUGGAGAAACAGCUUCUGGUCUUCCCAGGUCACAAAUGUGGCAGCCUGCAGCUGGUUGACCUGUCCAACACCAAACCUGGAACAUCAUCUGCCCCUUUUACUAUCAACGCCCAUCAGAGCGAGAUUGCCUGUGUGGCACUCAACCAGCCCGGCAGCGUGGCAGCUUCAGCUUCUCGUAAAGGAACCCUCAUCCGCCUGUUCGACACAACGACCAGGGACAAACUGGUGGAGCUGCGCAGAGGAACAGACCCUGCCACUCUUUACUGUAUCAACUUCAGCCAUGACUCAUCCUUCUUGUGCGCAUCCAGUGACAAAGGCACAGUUCACAUCUUUGCACUCAAAGACACCAAACUCAACCGUCGCUCUGCGCUGGCACGUGUUGGGAAGGUGGGUCCUGUGAUUGGUCAGUAUGUGGACAGCCAAUGGUCAUUGGCCAGCUUUACUGUGCCUGCUGAGUGUGCCUGUAUCUGUGCUUUUGGAAAGAAUACUUCCAAGAACGUCAAUUCAGUCAUUGCCAUAUGUGUGGACGGGACCUUCCAUAAGUAUGUGUUCACCCCUGAUGGAAACUGCAAUCGAGAGGCCUUCGAUGUGUAUCUGGACAUAUGUGAUGAUGACGACUUUUAAGGCCACACAGAGAAACAAGUUAUAGAUGAACAUGAGGAUUAUGAAUGGAAACAGACUGAUUUUAAUGAAUUAUCUCCUGCCAUGAAUCUGAGCAUGGACUUAAUGCAAAGAGUCUGUUAUAUGAAGUUUUUAGUAAUCCGUUUUACUUACAGUGUAUAGCAGUGUGAAUAUAAAGUUUUCUAUUGGGCUGUUAACCAUCACUCUGAAA